AUGCAUGAACCCUUUAGCCUUCAUGCAACGGUGACGCAAAGGGUCAUUGAAUGUGCACGAUCGGCAUUGAAAGAAACACAUAACAAGAACCGCAACAACAUUCCUAUUGUUGUGACUCUUUGUCCUGUAAGACUAUCAGAGGAGGAAGCAGUACUUUCUGAUGAGUAUGAAGCUUUUGCAGAUUCCUUGGAUUUGCAGGUCUUCAGGCUGAUGGGUGCAAGCAAAGGAGCUAUUGAGGCAUUGGAGAAGGUUAAAUUUGAAGGUAAUUUUACAAGGCAGUGUGUAAUUUGUUUAGAAGAGAUUUUGGAUGGGUCGAAAGCUAGUCGAAUGCCUUGCUCCCAUGUGUAUCAUCAAGAUUGCAUCGUCAACUGGUUGGAGAAGAGCAAUCUUUGUCCACUUUGUCAAUUUCAAAUGCCUUCUUGA